AGAAGUGACAGUCACCGUUUCGCUUUGAACACAGUGACACCGGCCGCACAAUUUCAUUACAAAAAAAAAAACCAAUAGCUACAGGGAAGAAACCGAAAUACGAGCCAAACCAAAAGUCGAAAAACAAAAGAAUUCAGUCGUUGCAAGCACGUAGAAUCAAUCGUCAAAACGUUGUAAAUAAAUCUCACCUGAAAAGAUUGAGCGGUAUUACUUGUCGAACAGAAAAAAAAUUGUGCAAAAAUGGUUGUUCGCCAGUAUGAGGAGGAGCUCAAAUACAUUGAGAAAAUCAACGACUACAGCUAUCGAAUUAAGAAGGGUUUCCAGCCAAAUAUGAAUGUCGAAGGUGUAUUUUAUGUAAACAAACAUUUGGAAAAUUUGAUGUUCGAAGAGUUGAAGAAUUCAUGUCGACCGGGUAUGGACGGUGGAUUUCUACCAGGUGUAAAACAAAUUGCGAAUGUGGCUGCGUUGCCGGGAAUUGUUGGUCGUUCGAUUGGAUUGCCGGACAUUCAUUCGGGUUAUGGUUUUGCGAUUGGAAAUAUGGCUGCAUUCGAUAUAAACGAUCCAAAAUCGAUUGUGUCACCGGGCGGUGUGGGUUUUGAUAUCAAUUGCGGUGUUCGUUUGUUGCGAACCAAUUUAUUCGAAAAAGAUGUGCAACCGGUCAAAGAGCAUCUCGCUCAAGGGCUAUUCGAUCACAUUCCGGUCGGUGUUGGAUCGAAAGGUAUUAUACCGAUGAAUGCACGUGAUUUGGAAGAAGCACUGGAAAUGGGCAUGGAUUGGUCGUUGCGUGAAGGUUAUGUUUGGGCCGAGGAUAAAGAACAUUGCGAAGAAUAUGGUCGAAUGUUGAAUGCUGACCCGUCCAAAGUCAGUAUGCGAGCAAAAAAACGCGGUUUACCACAGCUGGGCACACUGGGUGCAGGAAAUCACUAUGCUGAGAUUCAAGUCGUCGAUGAAAUUUAUGAUAAAUUCGCCGCCAGCAAAAUGGGCAUUGAAGAGAAGGGUCAAGUGUGUGUGAUGAUUCAUUCGGGUAGCCGGGGAUUUGGUCAUCAGGUGGCUACAGAUGCUCUAGUCGAAAUGGAAAAGGCCAUGAAACGUGAUAAAAUCGAAACAAACGAUCGCCAAUUGGCUUGUGCACGCAUCAAUUCCACCGAAGGUCAGAACUAUUUGAAAGCAAUGGCAGCCGCCGCCAAUUUUGCUUGGGUCAAUCGCAGCAGCAUGACGUUUUUGACACGACAGGCGUUUGCUAAACAAUUCAAAACAACACCCGAUGACCUUGACAUGCAUGUUAUCUACGAUGUGUCACACAAUGUGGCCAAAAUUGAGGAGCACAUGGUUGAUGGAAAGCAAAAAACGUUGUUGGUUCAUCGUAAAGGCUCAACCAGAGCCUUUCCACCGCAUCAUCCCCUCAUUCCAGUCGAUUAUCAGCUGACCGGUCAACCGGUUCUGGUCGGUGGAACGAUGGGUACAUGCAGUUAUGUGCUAACUGGCACCGAACAUGGAAUGACCGAAACAUUUGGCUCAACCUGUCACGGAGCUGGUCGCGCAUUAUCCCGAGCAAAAUCGCGCCGUAAAUUGGAAUACACGGAUGUGUUGAAUAACAUGCGUGACAUGGGAAUCGCCAUUCGAGUGGCAUCACCAAAAUUGGUCAUGGAAGAAGCGCCCGAAUCAUACAAAAAUGUCACCGAUGUCGUUGAUACGUGCCACGCAGCCGGCAUCAGUAAAAAGGCAAUCAAAUUGCGACCAAUUGCUGUUAUCAAAGGCUGAAUGUAUUUAAAACUCAAUCGAUUCUCUUUUUUAAAUUUUUUUGUAAUUUGGACAUAAAAAUUCAUUACAAAUAAAUCUUUUUGAUAUUUUAUACCAAA